AUGCCAGGAAUAUUUAUUACAUUUAAGGCAAAGCAAAUUCCUUCAAAAUGUGCUUCUAAAGUUCGCUCAUUUCAAAGUGACUCGGUCAUUGAAAGGCGUCUUGUAUUUUUAAUUGUUCAAGGUUAUGCGGUUUUAAGAUCAUUUUUAUUCAUCAAAGAAAACAUUGCUAUAACUGAUAGCUGGAUCAACAUUGAGGCUUUCCUUAUUAACUUUGAGGUCGCAAUUAUUAUAAAGUGUUUUCCUCUGUUAAUUUAUCAGAAAUCAACUCCAGGAUAG